GUGAAUCAUAUCCACGUGCUCUGUUCUCACUCCUUUUGGUACUUCUGUUUUGGCUCUAUAUGCAAAUCUUAUCCACCGAUUCCUCUGUUUUUCUCUAUUUUGAUUCAACAAACAAACAACAAAUCUACACACAUUAAUGGAAAACAAGAAUCAAUCUACUUCCUCCCCGUCGUCGCCGCCGCCGCCUCCGUCUCCGCCCCGGUCAUCCACCUCCUCUUCAUUCACUGCUGAACUUUUCGGUAACAAUGACUCACAGCCGUCCUCCGCCGGAGUUUUCUCUUCAAUUUUUCCUCCUCCGUCCACGGUAUUAGCAAGAAACCCUAAUUGUCCACAGUUCACCGGAGCUACACAAAAGGAGACCUCGGAGAGCCAGUUGUGGACAGCCACCCAUGGAACUUCAGCUGUAGCUAAGAAUACUGCAAUUGCAAAUGGCGUAAUGAACAUGGAGAGAAGGUCAAUCUUUCAAGAACGAGUGGAACCUUCUCCAUUAAGUUCAUCUUUAUACUAUGGUGGGCAAGAAGAUAUGUAUGUCUGUUCUUCAAGUGAUCCAACAUCACAAUCAUAUUCCAAAUUCAAGAAAUUCGAUGGAAAAGAUGAUCCUAAUCAUUUGCAUAGUGCUUCUAGAGGAAAUUGGUGGCAAGGGUCCCUUUAUUAUUAAGACCAUGCCACCUUUAGGCAACAACAUGGAUUUUCCGCCUAUUAACCAAGGAAAUUCAUGAAGCCUUUAUAGAAGUUUGAAGUUUUUGUUGAUAUAUAUGAAAGAUGUCGCGUCAUGUACUUCGUCAUCUCACCUCUAUUACCUUAACUUUUUCUUUGUUUCUUCUCCUUUCAAUGCAUAUCGACAUUUUUGUUACUUUAGAUAUAUGAUAUUUUCGAGGU